CCCUCUCCUAGCAAAAAUCUAAGACUUUUCUCUCUCAAAAUACCUUCUCCCUACAACUCGUCACUUAGGUAAUGUCUAUGUCCUUUGUCUGUCUCUUGUCUCUCACCCUCUAAACCUUUACAUCUCUAUAAUAUACCAACAUCUCCACCCAGCCUUCCUUGCUCACUAAGCAUUAUCCCACUAUUUCAAGUGAGAAUCUUGCAAGUUUUAUCAUGGAAUCAAACCAACAUGAUGAAGACUCGAAGAGCUCAAGUGACGAAGAGGAAAUUACCGACCGAUCCGAUCAAGAUACGGGCACCGGCCGGUCCUAUGAGUGUGUUUUUUGCAAGAGAGGAUUCACUACAGCACAGGCUUUGGGAGGACAUAUGAAUAUUCAUAGGAAAGAUAGGGCCAAGUCAAGGCCUAGCUCAGUUCCUUCACUUUCAAGCAAAGUUGAUGAGGAUUAUGCAAGUUUUCAAGGCUAUCCUCCAAUUCAAAGCUACCCACCUCACUACCCUACGCCUCAUGAGGUACAUAUAAAUUACCAAACGUUUUUUCCGGCAUCGACAACAUGGGGUAUAGGAUCCUCAUAUGCACAGCAACACAAUGGUGAUUUCUAUGUGCAAAGUCCACAUCAUUUGUAUCCAUUCGGAGACGAUUGGAGAAGGAGUCUAAGCCUGCAAAUCGGUCCAUCCCAUGUGGAUGAUAAUACCAAAGAAAAAAUAGAAGACGGCAUUGGAGCAGAUGAUGAAUUGGAUUUGGAGCUUAGACUUGGUCACGAUCCAUAAUAUUCUAAUUAGGUAUUUGAAACUUAAUUACUUAAUUAUAUAGCUGUAUUUAAUUUAUUGUGCAGCUGUGGAUUCUCCGAUAUUUUCAUCGAGUGAGUACAAGAAUUUUAUGGUGUUUAAUUAGUUUGCUUAAGUAAUUAAGUACUAUAUUUUGGAAUACAUGUUUGUGGCAAUUGAUGUGCCGAGAAGACAUGCAUGGUAGAGCUAGGGAGAAGGAAUAAUUAAAGAUUUUCUUCUCUUGGCCCCUCAAAAGGAAGGAAGGGGGGGAUUACUAUUUCACUCUAUGAUCAUCAAUUGCAGGCUACUGAUGUUGAAGGUAGUUUUGUUGUAGCCUUCAUCCAGUGUCUAAUAACCCUAGAUUCAUUUAGGGUUCUGUAAGUUUUCUUUUCUUUACAUGUGCUGUCAAAUUAUGAUGUAAUUCUACUUAUUUAAACAGUACUUAAUAAAGUUUUGCAUUAUUUCAUA